AUGUCUAAUUUAGAUCUGAUACUCGUGCUUGUCUCUCGCUGUAACUCAAGUCUUUCUGUUUUAAACACUCAUCCUCUCUCGUCUCUCUCUUGUGUUUCAGCGGCUCUGCAGGCCCUGAAGAGGAAAAAGCGUUACGAAAAGCAGCUGGCUCAGAUCGACGGCACGUUGUCUACCAUCGAGUUCCAGAGGGAGGCGCUAGAGAACGCAAACACCAACACAGAAGUGCUCAAGAACAUGGGCUACGCCGCCAAAGCGAUGAAGGCGGCUCAUGAAAACAUGGACAUCGACAAAGUAGACGACCUGAUGGCAGACAUCACAGAACAACAGGAAGUGGCUCAAGAAAUCUCAGAUGUGAUUUCCAGACCGGUCGGGUUUGGAGAGGAGUUUGAUGAGGACGAGCUGAUGGCCGAGCUGGAGGAGCUGGAACAAGAAGAGCUAGACCAGAACCUGCUGGAAAUCGAAGGAACAGCAGACGUUCCACUGCCCAGCGUACCGUCUACAUCACUACCAUCUAGACCAGCUGCCAAGAAGGCGGAGGAAGACGAGGACGACAUGGCGGAUCUGGAGGCCUGGGCGGCUAACUAAGCUAGCUCGCCCUGCUAGCUAUCCAGCGCCCCUCUCCUGUCUGUCUCUGUGCUACCAGGCUGCUCUCAGACAUCUGGAAGAGAGACAGGGACUCUGGGCUGCUGGCAUGCUGCUCCUUCUUGAAGCCUACGUCCCGACAUCCAACCUCACCCCGACCCUGAAGUAUGCACAAACUCACUGACUAAAAUAAAUCCAGCCCAGGCUGUUUACUCCCGAUCGAAGUCUCUUUGCUCCGGCUGCACACUCCUCUGCUUUUUUAAGAGCGCCGAGUGGAAGCCGCCGACAGCCUGCGGUUAUGUACGAGCGCUUAAGUCAGGAGGGUGCAAGUGCAUACUUGGAGGGCCGGGUUUGUGGAGGAACAGGGAAGGCUUGUUUCUGAGAGGAAUGUGAAGAAUCAACAAAUGUUUUUUUGUGGGGAAAAAAGCGUAACAGAAAGACAACAUGACUCAGCCAUUUUUCUGCUUCCUGCGUCUUCAUCUCUCUGCUCUUCUACGAUGAGGAUGACAUCCAAUCGUCCACAGCGUCUCUGCAAAAACUCCACCGCAGGAAAAAGGAAAUAAAUGAUGAAAAGAUGUAGGGUUUUUUUAUUGAGAUGUCACUGUUAAACUGCGGCGGGAUGCUAGGUUCGAUUUCUGAGACGGCCUUGAGGAGGAAAAAUAUUGAGAGGAGAAUAUUGUUCAUAGAAGAGUUUUUACACCACAGAUGCACCGUUUAAAAAAACAGAUUUAGAUCCUUUACUUUCCUUCACAAAAAACACAAUUUAUUUAUUAAUGCCCACAAGUUCAAAUUUAUGAAGCUUUAUUGUCAUUACUCUGAUGUGCAAUGACAGACGGCGUCUUCUAAUCAAAAGCAGAAAUAUGCACGAAACGUUUCUCCUUUAUCCCGUGAAAUAUUUCCCGGGGUUUUAAAAGCGUUUAAUAUUCAACAAAAAAAAGAAAACAUUAAAAAAACUGCAGAAAAAAAAUAUAUAGUUUGUUUUAAGACUGCUACGAUUCUUCUUUUAAGGCCCCCUGAAACUGUCUUGCACCUCGGUUCGUCCUGAAGCAACUCAUUUCUUAGUUGCUUGAACAGAUGUUGAUAUUUGGACUAAUGGAUGAGUCUAAAGGUAAGGUUUGCUGAUUGAGGCUACCACUAGGAGAGCUAGCACCACCUGCCUACUAAUUCUGGUGCCAACUAAUGCAGGAUUUCCACCAGAUCCGUGUGUGGUCCGUCUCCGAUCCGCUGCGGUCCGGCUCCAUGCGCUCUCAUCCCUCAACACCCACCGGUUGCAUUUUCAGAACGCAGCACAGAGCAGGACCGCCGGACAGCUGGAGUCAUGUGACCGAGGUUUUCCCUUCUGUAAUCACUGAAUCAAGGAUUCUCCUCCUCCUCCUCUCCUCAUCCAUGUUGUCUUUCUAGUCCUCUGAAAACCUCUGACCUGUUGACUAUUGGGACCAUGGCUGUGUUGUGUCUGCCUCCUUCUUCAGCAUGUAGAAGCAGAUUGCUGGAAGUGAAAUCCCUCUCUCGCUCUGCAGGAAUAUCUGGCAAGAUAGAAUCUAAAAUCAUCAGACUUUGCAGACUUCUGUCAGAACUGAGGACUUAAAUCUUACGUCAGACUUCCACCAGAUCCGUGUCCGGUCCAGCUCCGUGCUCUCUCGUCCGUCAACACCCACCGGCUGCAUUUUCAGGACCUCCGGACAGCUGGAGUCAUGUGACCGAGGUUUCCCUGUGGUAAUCCCUGAAUCAAGGAUUCUCCUCCUCCUCCUCUCCUCAUCCAUGUUGUCUUCCUGGUCCUCUGAAAACCUCUGACCUGUUGACUCCAGGCCUGGCUCCGCUCAUCAUGACUUUCUUUUUUGUCAUAGUUAAGUUAAAAACGAUCUGGUGAUAACACAGAGUGUUUUAUUCUGAAAAUUAACCAGGUUUUUAAUUUUGUUUUGGUGAAACCUGACUUCCUGUCCCGCUCCAUCUGCUCUGUUGAGAUUGACGCGUCGAAGUCUUGUGUAUCUGAGCCGUUGCGUUCAGACCUGCCGGAACACAACAGAGUGGAUCCAGUGGAAGUUAACACAUUGAGACGGACUGGACACGGAUAUGGUGGAAUUUGGCCUUAACGAGGUUGACUGAGUUUAUUCCUGUAGUUGCAACUUUACUCUUCAAACCUCUGAUCUGACAUGGACUUCCUGUUCUUGAGGCAUGGCUGGAGUUAGCUUGAUUCGAUAAGAAAGGCUGUGGUGUAACCCGCUGGCUUGUUGGUUUUCAUCUAGAAGUCUGAAGUUUGGGAUUCUGGUGACUUAGGUGGAAUUCAAAUUUCUGUUCAAACAACUAAUAGAUGAAUCUAAAGGUAAGAAAACACUUCAAAUCAGUCUGAAAUGAGGAAAGUUUCAGCAGGUAAAUAAGGUCAAACUAGUUUGCUGAUUGAGGCUACCACUAGGAGAGCUAGCACCACCUACCACCUGACUGCGUUUAAUCCUGUGGUUGCAACUUGACCUUUCUUACCUUGGUGGGCACUAGGGAUCUGAUCUGACAUGAUGCCACAUGGACUUCCUGUUCUUGAGGCAUGGCUGGAGUUAGCUUCAUUUGAUUCCAUAGCAGGGCUGUGGUGUAACCCGCUGACUUGUUGGUUCCCGUCUAGAAGUCUGGAGUUUGGGAUUCUGGUGACUUAGUUGGAAUUCAAAUUUCUGUUCAAACAACUAAUAGAUGAAUCUAAAGGUAAGAAAUCAGUCUGAAUAUAGGAAAUUUUCUGCAGGUGAAUGAGGUCAAACUAGUUUGCUGAUUGAGGCUACCACUAGGAGAGCUAGCACCACCUGCCUACCAAAAUUGGUGCCAACUAGUGAGGUUGACUGCGUUUUAUCCUGUAGUUUCAACUUGACCUUUCUAACCUCGGUGAGGAGUAGGGAUCUGAUCAGACAGGAUGCCACAUGGACUUCCUGUUCUUGAGGCAUGGCUGGAGUUGGCUUGAUUCGAUAGCCACGCCGUGGUGCAACCCGCUGACUGGUUGGUUCCCGUCUAGAAGUCUGAAAUUUGGGAUUCUGGCGACUCAGUUGCUUGAACAGAAAUAUGAAUUCCAGCUAUUAGAUGAGUCUAAAGGUAAGAAAACACUUAAAAACAGUCUAAAGAUAGGAACGUUUCUGCAGGUAAAUAAGGUCAAACUGGUUUGCUGAUUAAGGCUACCACUAGAAGAGCUAGAACCACCUGCCUACCAAAAUUGAUGCCAACUUGCGAAGGUGAUUUAUUCCUGUAGUUGAAACUUUACUUUUCAAACCUCUGUGAGGACAGGAGGUCACGUGGACUUCCUGUUCUUGAGGCACGGCUGGAGUUAGCAAUGCUGUAGUGCAACCCGCUGAUUUGUUGGUUUCCGUCUAGAAGUCUGAAGUUUGGAUUUGUGGCGACUUAGUUGUUUGAACAGAAAUUGGAAUUCUGACUUGAUGAAUUAAAAGGUAAGAAAACACUUGAAAUUAGAAUAAAAGAAAGUUUCUGCAGGUAAAUUAGGUCCAACUUGAUGAGGCUACCUCUAGAAGAGCUAGCACCACCUGCCUAGCAAAAUUAGUGCCAACUUGCGAAGGUGACUACGUUUAAUCGCGUAUUGCAACUUGACCUUUCUUUCCUUGAUGGGCACUAGGGAUCUGAUCUGACAGGAUGCCACAUGGACUUCCUGUUCUUGAGGCAUGGCUGGAGUUAGCUUGAUUCGAUAGCAACACUGUGCCCUAACCUGUUGACUUGUUGGUUCCCGUCUAGAAGUCUGAAGUUUGGGAUUUCUGGCGACUUAGUUGUUUGAAUAGAAAUUGGAAUUCCGACUAAUAGGUGAAUUUAAAGGUAAGAAAACACUUGAAAUUAGAAUAAAAGAAAGUUUCUUGAGGUUGAUUAGGUCCAACUUGAUGAGGCUACCACUAGGAGAGCUAGCACCACCUGCCUACCAAAAUUGGUGCCAACUAGUGAGGUUGCAACUUUUCCAUCUUACCCUUUUUACCUCUGUAGGGAGUGAAGAGCUGAUCAGACAGGAUGCCACAUGGACUUCCUGUUCUUGAGGCACGGCUGGAGUGAGCUUAAUUCGAUAGCGACGCCGUGGUGUAACCCGCUGACUUGUUGUUUGGGAUUCUGGACGCCACCCAUCGUGUUUAUGGAUCUAGAAGUAGCCAUAUUUUGUAAUCUGAUUCUCUCUGCCUCUGACUUGGUCUUCAGUUCACGCUCUCUGUCGACCCCCUCUCUUCUGCAAAACUCUGACCCCUCCUCUGUUUGACUCUAAAAUGGAACAUUAUUCAAAAAAAGAACAUCCUGCUGCUUUAAAGAAGACUUUAAACUCGCCAUCCAAACCUCGAAAUGUUUCACAGAGAGAGUAAAUCAGGUUAGAGACACUAAAACACUUUAAUAUUUAUACGUUAUCGGUACUGUUACUCCUCCUCCUCCCCCUCCUCCUCCGUUAGCUCUCCUUUGAGUCCAGAUAUUUCUCCUUCAAACAGUCGCUCAGUAGUUUAACAGUGACGUCCUCUGAGAAAGUCCCACAUGGUUUGAAUAUAAUGUGUGUGAGUGUGUGUGUGUGAUGUUUUUCAGCCUUUGGACACAGUGACCUCUUGUGAAUAUUUAGUCAAAUUGAGAAGGUGAGCUGGAUUUUUUGUUUCCAUUUUGCUCUUGAAUCACCUGUAGUGAUACAUUUACUCGAACCCGGACGGACUAACAGAAGACGUUUUGGUCUUGGUGAUAAAAUGAUAAUAUCGUCUGCUCACUGCACUAUCCUUUCUUAUUUUAGCUACACUACCCUCCUUCUGUCUGCAGACACGUUUGUGCACGGCAGGAUUUAAGUUAAUCCAUCAAACAUACGGUUGAGAUUGUAUUUAAACAUGACCCGAGUCUUUAAAUAAAACAAACACAUGAAUAAAAAAA